GCUCGUCAACCACCUCGGUAGCUUGCUAGCCAACAUAGCCAAAAGAUUCAAGCUAUUUAUACGCUUUCGGUCUAUAUUAGCUUCUGUGUUUUAGAAGUACUUCUGUCGUAUCUACUUGUUAACCUAUUUAAUUUAAUAUUACGUUAUUUUGUAUUAGUCAGCUAUAGUAGCUGGCUGGUUAAGUUAGCACUAGCCUAGUCGCUAAUGAUACAUAACUAACAUCCCCGAACAUGAGCUCCCUAAACAUCUCCCCUCCUGUUAAAGAAGAGGAUAUCUGCUGGACGGAGAAAGAAACUCUGGGGCUGAACAUUGUCGUGAAAGAGGAGAAGGAGGAGGAGGAUGUCACAGUAAAAAAAGAAGUAGAGGGUGAGGCUGUUACAGUGAAAGAUGAAGAGAAAGACGUUACAGUGAAAGAAGAGGAAGACUCGUUCAGAGUGAAAGAGGAGGAGGAUGUUACAGUAAAAGAAGAGGAAAAGAAAGAGGAGGGUGUAGUGUUUGGAGUGAAGAAAGAAGGAAAGGAGGAGACGGAAUGUCAGAUUAACACCAGAGAGAGAUGUGAACUUCGUGGAUCCUUUGGGGAGCCUCAACAACAUCAUGAAGCUGACGAGGCAGAGAAGAGUCUCUCCACAUCAGAACACCACAAGAAACAACAUCAGAGACCCACAGGAAAGAAACCUCACUGCUGCUCUGACUGUGGGAAACGUUUCAAAUCUUCAUCAGAAUUGAAAAAACACCAGCGAUUACACACAGGAGAGAAGCCUUAUAGCUGUAAUCAAUGUGGGAAGAGUUUUACUCAGUCAAGCCACCUGGUAUCACACAAGAGAACACACACAGGAGAGAAGCCUUAUAGCUGUGAUCAGUGUGGCAAGAGUUUUACUCAGUCAAGUAGCCUGGUAUCACACCAGAGAACACACACAGGAGAGCAGCCAUAUAGCUGUGAUCAGUGUGGCAAGGGUUUUACUCUGUCAACCAACCUGGUAUCACACCAGAGAACACACACAGGACAUCAGCCAUAUAGCUGUGAUGUAUGUGCAGACAGUUUUACUACAUCAAGCCAGCUGGUAGUACACCAGCGGGUACACACAGGAGAGAAACCUUAUAGCUGUAAUCAGUGUGGGAAGAGUUUUACUCAGUCAAACAGCCUGAAAUCACACCAGAGAACACACACGGGAGAGAAACCUUAUAGCUGUGAUCAAUGUGACAAGAGAUACUCUCAUUCAAGUAGUCUGAUUAAACAUCAGAAAAUACAUGCUGGAGAUCCACGGAGUGUGGAAUGAUCUCCAACACCAGACCUGGGUAGCAGAACACCGAGUGUGGAAUGAUCUCCAACACAAGACCUAUAUACAGUUGAAGUCAUAAGUUUACAUACACCUUAGCCAAACACAUUUAAACUCAGUUUUUCACAAUUCCUGACAUUUAAUCGUAAUAGACAUUUCCUGUCUUAUGUCAGUUAGUAUCACCACUUUAUUUUUAUGUGAAGUGUCAGAAUAAUAGUAGAGAGAAUUAUUUAGUUCAGCUUUUAUUUAUUUAGUCCCAUACCCAGUGUGUCAGAAGUUUACAUACACGCAAUUAGUAUUUGGUAGCAUUGCCUUUAAAUUGUUACCUUGGGUCAAACGUUUCGGGUAGCCUUCCACAAGCUUCCCACAAUAAGUUUUGUCCCAUUCCUCCUGACAGAGCUGGUGUAACUGUGUCAGGUUCAUAGGCCUCCAUGCUCACACACACUUUAUUUUUUUUAUUUUUUUAUUUCACCUUUAUUUAACCAGGUAGGCUAGUUGAGAACAAGUUCUCAUUUGCAACUGCGACCUGGCCAAGAUAAAGCAAUUCGACACAUACAAGUUACACAUGAAAUAAACAAAACAUACAGUUAAUAAUACAGUAGAAAAAAGAAAGCAAGUCUAUAUACAGUGAGUGCAAAUUAGGUAAGAUAAGGACGUUAAGGCAAUAAAUAGGCCAUGGUGGCGAAGUAAUUACACUUUAGCAGUUAAACACUGGAAUGGUAGAUGUAUUGUUACACCAUGUAGGAGCAGUAUAGACCUAGUCUGUUCAUUAUAUACAUCUACAUGAUGUAUUGUUACACCAUGUUGGAGCAGUAUGGACCUAGUCUGUUCAUUAUAUACAUCUACAUGAUGUAUUGUUACACCAUGUAGGAGCAGUAUAGACCUAGUCUGUUCAUUAUGUACGUCUACAUGAUGUAUUUUUACACCAUGUAGGAACAGUAUAGACCUAGUCUGUUCAUUAUAUACAUCUACAUGAUGUAUUGUUACACCACGUAGGAGCAGUAUAGACCUUGUCUGUUCAUUAUAUACAUCUACAUGAUGUAUUGUUACACCAUGUAGGAGCAGUAUGGACCUAGUCUGUUCAUUAUAUACAUCUACAUGAUGUAUUGUUACACCAUGUAGGAGCAGUAUGGACCUAGUCUGUUCAUUAUAUACAUCUACAUGAUGUAUUGUUACACCAUGUAGGAGCAGUAUGGACCUAGUCUGUUCAUUAUAUACGUCUACAUGAUGUAUUGUUACACCAACAAAAUGAAGGGAAAUAACCAGCUUAAAUAAUAAGUAACCAGCUUUUGGGCUAAAAUAUCCUGGUAGUGGGUAGAGUUGAUUUAUUUUACACAUACAUAUACACACAUCUUUAUCAAGGGUAUCUAUAACUAGGUGCUUAUUUUGAUAUCUAGUUAUUUGACUGAAUCAGAAAUACAGAUGUGGAGUAGAUGUUGAGUUUCUUUUAAAUUCUCAUAAAAAAUCUGAACUACACUUGUUGCUCUUUGUACGUGUUUAUAUAAUAUUCAUAUUUAAUGGAGAGAAAAAAAUGUUUCCCUAAACUGCUUUAUAAUAAUAUAAUUCUCGACCAUGAGCUCACAAAGCUACUCUCCUCACAAAGCUACUCUCCGUCUGCUGGACGGAGAAAGAAACUCUCGUGAAAGAGGAGGCUGUUACAAUACAAAAACAAGUAGAGAGUGAGGCUGUCACAGUGAAAGAAGAAGAGAAAGACGUUUCAGUGAAAGAAGAGGAAGACGCGUUCAGAGUGAAAGAGGAGGAGGAUGUUACUGUGAAAGAAAAGGAGGAAGAUGCAGUUUUUGGAAUGAAGGAUGAAGAGGGGGAGGUUACUCUCACAUUAGAGGAGGACGAAGAAGAAGACUGGAGAUCUGAUUCACACCAGUAAAUACAAUGAGUACUAUCUUAUAAAAUAGGGACAUUGAUCUGAUUAACACCAGUAAAUGCAGUGAGUACUAUCUUAAACAGGGAUACAAACUCUGCCGUUGUUGAACUAAUGUGUGAUUUUUUCAAAUGCAUUCUACACUUAUAUAUGUUCUUUUACUGUAUGAAGGAGUGAGUGAUGUCAUAGUAAGGCCUUCAACGAGUUGGCUUGAUGGGAAGUUGUGAUGUCAUCCAAUAGGUGACUGAUCUUCAUGUGAAUGUUCAUUAUUCUUUUUUAAAUCCUUCAUGUUCUGUCAAGUUGGUUGUUGAUCUAGAAAUCAAUUUUCAAGUCUUACCAUAGACUUUCAAAACAAUUUAAGUCCAAACUGUAACUAGGCCACUCAGGACCAUUCAAUGUCAUCUUGGUAAGCUCCUCCAGUGUAGAUUUGGCCUUGUGGUUUAGGUUAUUUUCCUGUUCGUACAGUUUUUUGUAUUCAGAUCUCUGAAAUGCACUCUACCUACGUAACAUUUAGUGUCUCCUUAUGUUACGCUGGGAAAACUGUUUUCAUGGGCACAGAAAUCCUAAAUCAUUUCAGAGUUCGCAAAAUCCAAUGGUUCUAAUCGAGAGUCACAUGAACUUUAUUGACAACACCCAAAUGGAUACUGUCAUUAACGCAGUUCUUCAAUAAUUACACAUAAUACUUAAUACUGUAGCUGUUUAGUUAGUCGCAUGUUCAACUAUCAUCAGCUGAUCCAGGCUAUAAUUUUCUGAAUUUCAGUCAAAUGACAAACAUCACGACAUGCAACAAGAACCAAAGUGCUUCUUCUUAAUUCAUUACUCUGGUAAAGACAGUUAUGCCGUGCUCCACGUUGGGUCCAACGUCCCUAACAAAUUGGUGUUUAUAAUGUGUUAUUGUCUGCUUGAUUUAUAGUAGGGUCUCAUUAGUGGAAACAGAGAUACUUAGCUCAUAAUGUGUAGAGAACUGUUCCUUGAUGGAUAGGCUAUUGUACAACACACAGAGCUAUUUUCCUUUAUUCAGGACAUUUAGAAUGACAACACAUUACAAAGUAACCUAGGGAGAUAAUUCACAAAAUUAUCUGGUGAUCAGGUUAUGAAAUGUCAUGACAAAUACAUUUUAGAUUCCAUGUUUCACCUGAAAUAUUAAGUGAUUUAAAGUUAUAGGUCUAUGUUAUGGUCUAAGUUAUGGGUCCUACAGUAGGUCUAUGUUAUUGUUAGGUGACGUUAUGGGUCCUACAGUAGGUCUAUGUUAUUGUUAGGUGACGUUAUGGGUCCUACAGUAGGUCUAUGUUAUUGUUAGGUGAAGUUAUGGGUCCUACAGUAGGUCUAUGUUGUUGUUAGGUGAAGUUAUGGGUCCUUCAGUAGGUCUAUGUUAUUGUUAGGUGAAGUUAUGGGUCCUACAGUAGGUCUAUGUUGUUGUUAGGUGAAGUUAUGGGUCCUUCAGUAGGUCUAUGUUAUUGUUAGGUGAAGCUAUGGGUUAAUUUGUUAAACACUUGUACAAACCCUCAUUGUCAGGGAGAUGGCAAAGCUAGCCAAAGAGUAUUUUACUGGUUGAAGUGUUUUUUAAGUGUAAAACAGUUGAUUUUGUGACAACACAAACAUAUUAAGCAGGAGAUUCAAGCGAGCCUUACGAUUAUAAUCCAAAAGUAAUGUGAAAUGCACUCAUAAGCCACCUGAAAAUGGAGGCUAUUUUUGCAGUCAGCCUAAGAGAACUCCCCUGAGGUGUCCCCCACGGUGGUGAAUUAGUAACUAGCGACACAGAGCUUAAUUUGAGUUUCAUUGAGUAGCACUCCUGAUCUUGCGUUGAUAGUGAGCUGUAAUAUUCAGAAUACAUUGUGCAAAAACUAAAAUCUUCGCUCAACAUUUUUGCUCCAGGCAGAUAUACUACAUCCAUAACUAGCGGUUUCCUCAUUAGCAGGGAGGAGUUUCUUCAACCAAAUUGCAUGUGCAUCACCAUCCUGCGCCAAUUUGAGCAAACACAGAAAGGGGCCUAUAUUCGAGACCAAAAGGUUUCUGGCGCACUGCUUACAUGGAACCCAAACCGGCUGCGCGCGUGCGCCAUCGUGCAUAAAUGUAUUUUGUCCCCCCACACCAAACGCGAUCACGACACGCAGAUGAAAAUUUCAAAACAAACUGAACCAAUUAUAUUAAUUUGGGGACACGUCGAAAAGCAUUAAACAUUUAUGGCAAUUUAGCUAGCUGGCUUGCACUUGUUAGCUAAUUUUCCCUAUUUAGCUAGCUUGCUGUUGCUAGCUAAUUUGUCCUGGGAUAUAAACAUUGAGUUGUUAUUUUACCUGAAAUGCACAAGGUACUCUACUCCACAUGUAAACAGUCAACCGAAUCGUUUCUAGUCAUCUCUCUUCCUUCCAGGCUUUUUCUUCUCUUGACUUUACAUUGCGAUUGGCAACAUUCAUAAAUUAGGUCCAUUACUGCCACUGACCUCGUUCAUCUUUCAGUCACCCAUGUGGGUAUAACCAAUGAGGAGAUGGCACGUGGAUACCUGCUUCUAUAAACCAAUAAGGAGAUGGGAGAGUGUUAUGGGAUUUUUUAUCAAUAAUGACUAAUUAUGUAUACAUUUCAAUCAGGACUGACUAAUCAGAAUACUAUUAUGUUACUGUAUAGAUGUAUGAAUUUUAUUUUAACCCUAGUACUGAAUAUAAUGUGUGUAAAUAUAAUCAAGAAGUAGAACAAUGACUGUCUGUUCCUUGGUAGAAAUGAAUGAACUUAUAGCCAGACUGGCUAGAAUGCUUAUUUACACAGGCAGACCUUGGCUUGCGUCGUAAAUUAUCUUAGUAGGGAGAGACGAUGUGGGAAGGCUUGAGAACUAUACAGCCAUUGUACUGCUGGUUGAUGAGACGGGGUAGUACGAAAACUAAUGACGUCAUUUUCAGUUUAUAAUCUGUGGUAAACUGUAUCAUGUUCAGUACUCUUGCGAAUAAACAGCUGGUUGAUUUGA